GUGUCUACCAGAAGCAGCCCUGGACCGGAUGUGACGUCACGACCCGGACCAGACAGCGCGAGAACCUGUUGGUCAAGGGUGACCCGGCCACCUGCAUCCCCAGGAAAGUGGUGACCAAACCCUGUCAACAAGCCUGCCGGUACGACAGAGGGGACUGGUCCCCCUGCGACCCUGCCACAGGUGUCAUGCAGCGCCCUCUGGUACCAAGGGCCAACUCGCCUCCCAUCUGCCUGUCCUCGGUGGAAUCCAAGCCUUGUCGCGUGACGUCACUCAAAGAAAGCAGUGAGACUUCCGAGUGCCGGUACAAGCCCAGCCCCUGGUCGGACUGUGACCCACGGAGUAACACAAUCACCCAGCUGCUGACCUUGAGGAGCGGUGACCCCAACCUUUGCCAGAAAAAGAAAAAACUCUCGCGCAAAUGUAAAGAAGCAUGCAAAUUUCGACGCGGUGAGUGGUCAGAAUGUGACCCAGUGACCCAGUUGAUGACCCGUAUAGAUUCCCUUAUCAGGGGCAGCAGGAAAUACUGUGACAUCAGCCGGCAAAUUACCAAAAAAUGCAAGAGAUUAUGUAAAUACACAUACGGGGAGUGGGGUGAGUGUGACCCAGUGACCCACCAUAGGACACGGGUCAGGAAGUUGGAGGAGGGUGACCCUAGCAAAUGUCCCGUGGAGGAUAUAGUUACCAGACCUUGUGAGAAAAAGGACGGCGGCGAGCGCUGUUUCUACGGUAGCUGGGGCGAGUUUGGCCCGUGUACGAACGGUGUGAUGACCAAAAACAGACCAAUGCUACAGGGAGGGGUAGAGUGUGAGAGAAAAGCUGUCAUUACUAAAGCUUGUGAAUAAAACAAUCUCUGGGGG